AUGGCGAUGAUGCGGACCAGGACCAAAAGCCGAGGUAUGUGCCUCUGCCUUCUCGGGAUUGCAUUGGCGCUGCUCGUGCAGCCGAGCACGGACUUUGCUCGAGGAGUUCCUGGGCUGAAGGACAGCAUGUUGGCAAAACGGCACCCGUUGCAUGCCGGAGUCGCUCGGCGCGCCGGGGCUGCGCAAGAGGACAACAGUGGCCAGGACCGGCUCGAUCUCGAGGAGGUGGUCGCAGAAGCCAAACGGGUUGUGGACAACGGCACGCUGAAAGACAUGCAAGUGGUCAUGCGAAGAGUGCAGCUGGUAGAUCCAGCAGGGAAGUGGAAGGUUUGGGUGUAA